UCAUAGUUCGCCAAACCAUGACUGAAAGACGUCAAACGCAGUUUACGGAAAAUAUAGAUAAUCAGAAAUACGUUAUUUACAUUGGUUUUGGUGCUGCUUCGCUUUGUAUACUAUAUGUUUACAGAUUCCUCUGUUCCAGAUUUCACCUAGCCACUAUCGUCCUCAGCUAUGGGUUGGGAUGUUUGGCUUGCUAUUUCGGACUGAAAUCAUCUUUUCUACACACGUACCUGGACAAAUUAAAGAGUAGUUUUGUCAAAAAAAGCUUAGAAGCCGAUCUAGAUGAUGUACUUAGUAAGGGUUGCUUAACAUGUGGAUCUAAAGACUGCCUCCGUCACGAUGGUGGAGCGCAGGCCGAGCCCUGGGUUGGGCUUCAAGUUCAUAAACAGCUGGAUCAAGCCAUAGAAGAAUUUUACAAUACAAUAUUAGAACAGUUCAUUUGUACGUGGUACAGCAAGAUCUCUCCCCAGCCAUUUUUUGUGGAUGAACUACGUCAACAGCUGAGGUAUGCGUCGGCUUGCCUUCUCCGACGCGCUGUUAAGAUAAACUACUCCCAAUUCAUAACGGAGCGUUUGCUCCCGUGUGCACUGCGGCACUACACGCUAUGCGCAGACUUACCCGAGCACGCGUCGCUAUUGGACGGCAAGCUCGCCAUACACCCGGCGGCGGCCAAUAGGAACGCAGAGCUCAAAUACUUACGCUGCGUGACCAAUGGGAUCAUGCCGUAUCUGUUAAGAAGCAGUGAGGUGCAGAAUCCGGUAGUGUCAGUGUUAAUAAGGGAGAUAUUCGCGGGCUGGACCCUGCUUCUACUGACGGAUGUUCUGGCGGACCCGUACAUUCUGAACACACUGGUCAUUCUGGCCACCGGAGACGAGACUAUGGCACAAUUGCCAACCACGCCGAAUUAUAGGGUGGAAUUCCUCGAGACAUUCGUCCGUCAGAACGACUCGGUCUACACGCAGAGGAGCAAACUCCUCAGAAUGGAGCUGGACUUCGUGCUCAACGACCAGGACUACUUCUACGCGUUCAUGCAGUUCAUGAAGACUACUAGCCAGAUACAUCUGCUGCAGUUUUAUAAAGAUAUCAAAGCAUUCCAAAUUAAGCUACUGAAUCCUGAAAUGAAGCCGAACGAAGAAGUGGCUCUUGUGAAUGAGGCUUGGGACAUCUACGUCACUUAUUUUGACCCAGCGAGUCCAAGCCACGUGCGCCUUCCUCAAGAUAUCUGCCAACAAACCUGCUUAUUACUCCGAUCCGGGGCCUCCGUGCGAGAGCUAAGGACGAGCAAGGCUCUAUACGAGGCGGCGCGACACACGCAGGCAGCGCUAGAAAAGAUCAUGUUGCCGAGAUUCCUAAGAACCUCCGAGUUUUACAGUAUUUGGAUGGGGUCGAGAAUACCUACAGGCUACCAGAAACAAGCGACGAAAAAGCCACAAGAAAAGCUAAUGCUUCAAGCGAUAAAGCUAGGCAACAAGCUACGCGGCGCGCUUAGACCUCAAGUAUUAGACGGUCAAGUUCUAGACAAUGAACUAACUGAUGGUGACAGUAUGGACAACAUAGAUAUAUUGAAGUAUUUAGACACGAUAGCGUCGGAGGAAUCCGUGUGUGAUACGGACUUGAGCACGUUCAAAGUCGUGCUGACUAAUGUUGAGACUAGAUUGCAAACCCCCCCGCGCCGCGGCCCAAUCCGCCUCUUCACCAUCACCGUGGCCUCGACCCGCGGCGCCCUCUGGAGCGUGUGUCGCAGCGAGCUCGACUUCCACCUGCUGCGCUCCAAGCUGAGGGAGUUCCACGGAGCGAGCGCCGCGCCGCAGCUGCCCAGCCCGCAGUCUGUUCUUGUUUACUUAUGGAGUUCCACGGAGCGAGCGCCGCGCCGCAGCUGCCCAGCCCGCAGUCUGUGCUUGUUUACUUAUUCAACACUUAGUUUAGUAUACACAGAGCGCCUGUCUCAGCUAUUGACACCCGUUCAACACUAUUUAGACACCCGUUCAACACUAGACCAUGACGGUGGGUCGUCUGGGGGCGGCGCUCUCUGGAGCGUGUGUCGCAGCGAGCUCGACUUCCACCUGCUGCGCUCCAAGCUGAGGGAGUUCCACGGAGCGAGCGCCGCGCCGCAGCUGCCCAGCCCGCAAGACAACAGCCCUCUAGAAACGCUACGCUACAAAUAUGAAGACUUCCUGCAACGGUUACUGCAAGAGAGCUUGCUUCAAACCAGCGAAUUACUGCACUUAUUCCUGACAGUCGAAGGGGAUUUCUCAUUAGCAGUUCAAGCUUCAAGUAUGGCCGCCAAUAAUACGGAUUUAACUAACAUCUACCAGUCGGUCACGCAUAAACUGAGGAAAGAAAAGGGGCAGCAUUUGGAAGGAUUUCUGAAGAGUUAUCUACUGUCUGCUGAUAUGGAAAGGUUUCAGACGCUAAAGCCGGGCACAACUCACAUAGAAGAAGCAAUAGAAGUGGACGAGGACCCGUACAUCUGUCCCGCUCCGACCCUCGCCCACCCUUCACGCCAGAGCGGGACGAGAGAUCUUCACUCGGGAUGUUUCGAGAACAACUUCGGUGUAGAACCGGUCGUGUGUCAGACGUAUGGGGAGAAAAUGAUUGAAGGCCCGACUCAGUGCUGCUUGUAUUUGUUGCUAAAAAUAAUCAAAGCGCGCACCGUCAUCACUGGCCUCAUCGGAAGCAUCCUCUCACUAGCGCGGGGGCUGACGGACGCGGCGUGCACCCGCGCGCUGGACGCCGCGCUGCGGGGACUGCUGGGCGAGCGCACGCUGGCGCACCUCAUACGACUGGGACACGGCCUGAUCUUCGGCAACAAAUCGUCCGUCCCUCGCCUGUGCCCGCUAGAACAACGGGAGCGAGCGAGACAACAGCUCAUGAGGAGUAUACCGUCCUCACUCACAACGGUGAUGGGGCCGGGCCUGCCCGCCGCCGUACAUACGGCCUUUGAGAUUAUUCAGAGGCCGCAGUUGAAUAAGCAGUUGGUGUACAAUUUACUGGACUUGUGUUUAAUAGAACUAUUCCCCGAAUUGAAUACAUCUGAGAAGAGCCCAACACAGGAACCAAAGAGUUGAGAUCUAAUGAGAAUUUCUUGAAUAUAGUGAUAAUUUAUCCCAUCUUUUAGUACGUAAUCAAUAAGAUUUACUGUAAAUUUAUGAAGUGAUAAUAGUCCGCUCGAAGUUUUGUAACAUUUUUUGCUAGUUCAUCGAGUUUAUAAAUGAAAUUGUAAAUAUAUUUAAUGUAAAAUUCAAUAUUUGAAGAUAUUUUUAUAAACCUACUUAUGAGUACUUAUCUUACGGACGGUAAAGGAGUUAAAGUUGUGAAAUAUUUUAAAGCCAUUACCUACUAUAAACAUCGAAAUAAAUUAUUUUAAUUUUUA